GCCGUGUUCACCCAACUCGGUAUUGGGUUUAAUAAUUCUGUAGCCCAAAAACGAACCAUAGAUAUCGAAUUCGCUGACGUGCCCGUUGACGCAAUCGAACAGCCGCAACGAAACAUUAUCGUGUGUUCUUUACUUGGAGAGCUUAAACCAACUCUAGAUAUAAUGAAAAUCCUAAUCCAACACGGCCAUAAUGUGUCUCUGGUAGCUCAAGGAGAGAUGUCUCAGAUUUUGGUAGAAUAUCCGAAGAUUCACCGCUAUCCACUCGGUUUCAUUAUCGACAGUAGAUCUCCCAACUAUCGUGACAUGUAUCUCGAAAAAUACUCUUUACAGCAUGCAAUUCGCGAAAGACAAGUAGCGUAUGACGUAUAUACGAAUGCAUAUAGAACGUAUACAAAAGUAGCAGUAGAACGGGCGAUUGACCUAUUUGUUUGCGACGCCAACUCACACGACGCUUGUGUUGAUGCUGCAUGGACAAUGAAGAAGCCAGUUGUAAUGAUUGGAUCAUCUUUAGAGUCAGCGAGCGAUACACGUGUCCCAUACAAACCGGAGUUUACUUUUGGAUGUGAUGUGUCAAUGGAACACAGUCCAUUCUUUGAAAGACUAUGGUGUUCGAUGAUAAUGCCAGCUAGGAUCAUGUAUGCUAUGUAUCCAUUAAUGAAGACAAUAAAUGAACAGAGACGGGAAUUGGGUAUUGAACCUGUAUCUGAUCGGCACGAGAGAACUCGCAAUGUUCUCUUUCUUGCUAAUACUUUCUUUGGCUUUGAAGUUGCUCAGCCGCUAUCUCCUAUGUAUAGGGAGGUUGGUCCUAUAAUGUCAGACAAAUACCCUGAUCUCGACACUCCAUUACGUGAAUUUCUUUUGACUCAUGAGAAAACUGUUUAUAUUUCGCUUGGUUCACGAGCUUAUUUAUCACAAAAGAACAAUGGAAUUAUUCUCCAGUCAAUUCUCGAAUCAAUCAACGCGAAAAUAUUUGAUGGUGUUAUCUGGUCAUUUGGACAAACUACAUUGGAUGACUUUCCGCCGACAAUAAUAUUACCAUCAUCAAACUCGGUCGUCAAUGUCAGCCAAGUUCUGCAUGCUCAUCCACAUAUAAUGGUGACCAAAGGACUAAGCCAACAAUUUGCAACACUUAAUCAUUCACAUAUACGCGUGUUUCUAACUAACGGAGGAACAGAGAGUAUCUAUGAAGGUCUAUACACAGCCACGCCAAUGCUUACCUUGCCAAUACUUCCAUCUGACUCUGCAAACACACAACGAUUAUUAAAUCAUCGUAAUCUAGCUCAUACUCUAUCCAAAGACUCGCUUACAGUUGCGGAGAUAACUCGGAAGAUUAAUAUACUGCUAACAGAUCCGUCUAUUCGUGCUAAUGCAAAAAGGAUGCAGUUUCUUUCUAGUAUUAAUGGAAAGAGAAAACGCUAUGCAGCAGAAUUGAUAGAAUAUGUACUCUUUAGUGCUGCUCAAUCUAGUAUGAAUGAUGAGAUUAAAACGAACGUCUUUCCAGAAUGGGAGACACCUGAUAGAAGAAUGGGAUGGAUCAAAGGAAGUAAUUUAGAUGUCGUAACCUUUGUAGGUGGAUUGAUGUUGAGCGUUAUUGUUAUGAUUACAUAUGCACUUUGGAACUUUGUUGAUAUCGUUGAGAAAAUAUCUACCUUGGUGGUGUCAAAAAGGACGAAAACUGUUGCAAUCGGAGGGUGUAAAAGGAAAUAA